AUGGGUGAGGUUGAUCAAUGGGAAUGGAACUUCAAACUUCCAAAGAUCCCCAAUGGCAUCAAAGCUCCGUGGCUGCUAUUACCUAUUGGUGGCACUCCUACUGCUAAAGAACCUUUCAAAGCUGGUGAGGACGUCUACCAUAUCACGCAAUUACCUAACAUUGACGAAGAAUCUGUUGACACUUCUAGUCUCGACGAGAAGGGAAUUUACCAUCUCAAACUGGCAGACCUGCAAUACAAUCUUAUCCGUGGUUCUUGUCAUGGAUGGCUAAUAAUAGUAUCCAUAUAUGAAGGCACUAUCCGAAUGCUAAAUCCAUUGACGAAGGCUUACUUGGAUCUUCCUCCAAUCUCAACUCUAUCUGUGGCUAUAUAUGGAGCUUGUAGUUUGGCUUUUUACAAGUCGAACAACAAGAUAUGGCUCAAAUUACCAACAAGUGCCGAUGCAACUGCAUACUUUCAAGAUGUUAUAUUUUUUCAAGAGAAGAUAUAUGCAGUAGAUGAUGAUGGUCAGCUAUACGAGUUUGAUACAAAAACAAAGACAGGGCCCGUGGGAAUAAUUCAUGAAGCCGCGCCUCCAUCUGAUGUUGUCACUCAAGGAGAAAUCUCCAAUCUUAAAUAUCUGAUUGGUUGUGCUGAUGGAAGUUUAUUGAUGGUGGCAAGACAUCUUCGUAAUUUGAUGGAGCAUGAUGAGAAGCGUUCCUAUGAGACUAUCAAAUUCUAUAUUUAUAAAUUGGAGAAAAAUGCAAACACAUGGUCAAGAGUAACCAGUUUGGGAAAUUACGUAUUGGUAAUUGGAUUCAAUGCUUCUGUUCAAAUGUUGGCUGAUGAUUUUUCAAAUUGCAAAGGAAAUCAGAUCUUCUUUACCGAUAAUUUUGUUGAAGACCAAUCAUUAAACGUUGUUUACUAUCAUAACAUUGGCAUCUUCAAUUUGGAAGAUGAGAGUUGUCAAACAGUAUUGUCAGAUGUCAACUUUUUUUGUCCUCCUGUUUGGAUAUUCCUUUAG